GGGGCUGUGGUGACCCCUGCCCCUCCUCCAGCCUGGCGUUGUCACAGGGUUGGGGAGGAACUGGGUGGCCCCGCCCCCUCUCUGGCUGGGUAUUGACACGGAUAGGGGAGGGGCUGGGUGGCCCCGCCCCUCCUCUACCUUGGUAUUGACUUGGGGGGGAACCAAUGAUCCCUCUGAGAGGUUAGGAGACGAGGUAGAAGAGGAGGUGGAGGUCAAGUGCGGGGUGUCCGGAACGCUGGCGGGUCUAGAUCUUAGCCAUCAACUGGAGGAAGAGACGAGGGCAUGGGACCGUCUUCUGGAGCCUGGAAUGAGGUCGAGGACUGACUCGCGCUGGGGAGACACACUCAUGUGGUGAUGCGGCCUGGGUUGCUGGGCUCCUCUUCUCUAGGAAGGGGAAGGAGCCUGACAGUGACCAAGGAAAGGCAGUCUCCUUGGGCCUUAGGAGCCCCUAACAGGAGGAGCCAGCUGCCCCGAGACGGGCAGAUCCCGGGGUGACUCCUGCUGGAGUAGAGUCCAAGCAUCCAGGAACAGCAGCGGAGGUGAUCAUGGAGACCUUCGCCCGAGUGUGUGAGAGAGAUCUCAAUUUAAGAACCUCAUCGAGGGGCAACUAAGUGGCUCAGUGGAUAGUGUGCCAGGCCUGGAGAUGGGAGGUCCUGGAUUCAAAUCUGGAUCAGAUAGUUCCUAGCUGUGUGACUCUGGGCAAGUCAUUUAAUCUCGGUUGCCCCUACUGUUCAGCCUGGGAACCAAUACUCAGUGUCAAUUCUGAGACAGAAGACACUGCGUGUCAUUGUAAUUCUUCAUUUUGAAGCACGGGAAGCAGCGGUGCGGUAAAAUGGCAGGCCUGGCAGACAGGCCGAGUGCAGCCUGCGUGCAGAUGUGCCCUCAGACACUUGGGGGUGUGGGAUGCUGGGCAGGCCACGUAACGCUUUGCCUCAGUUUCCUCCUCUGUAAAAUGAGCUGCAGAAGGAGAUGGCAAACCACUCCAGGCUCUGCCUAGAAAACCCCUAACGGGUCACCGACGUAACUGAGAUGAACGAACAACAAGGUACCCGGGCAAAUACUUGACAGUUUCUUCAGCAUACGGAUAAAAGCGAUACCUGAUCAGUGGUCCUUCCAAGCCUAACCUCACAGCAUUUAGAUGGUCCCCAAGUGAUGCAAAUAUAUCUCACUCAGGGUAUCUUUUCUCAGGUGAGCGGUAUUUUUUGUAUGAUGGUUUCCCAAAGUCAGAAAGCAAAAAGGGAAAAAAGGGGGAGCAUCAAUCAUCCAUCAAUUUGGGCAUUAAAAAGAAUCACCAGCUCUCCAAGACAUCCAAAUUCAUACUUUAAAAAAACCCCACCUUCUGACUUAGUGUCAGCUCUAAGACAGAAGGGUGGCAAGGGCUAGGCAAACAGGAGUAAGUGACUUGCCCAGGAUUACCCGGCUAGGAAGUAUCCCUGGACAAAUCUGAACCCAGAACCUCCUGAAUCCAUGCCUAGUACUCUAGUCAUUUUCUACCUACCUGCUCCCAUACUGCCUAUUAAUUGAACUUUAUAUUCACGCAGCGUCAAUGAAGUGGUUGGUACCCAGUUUUCUUUUUUUAGGUAUUUUUAUUUAAAAAUUUUUCCCAUGGUUACAUGAUUCAUGUUGUCUCUCUCUCCUCUUCCCUCCUCCCUCCUGCAGUUGACAGGCAGUUCCUCUGGGUUAUACAUGUGUUAUCAUUCAAAACCCAUUUCCAUGUUAUUCUUUUUUUUAGGUAGAAGUAAUUAUUUCUCCAAGUAAAGGCCACGGUUUUGGAGACAGAAGUCUUCCUGUUCUCCUAUGUCAAUGAGAUUCAAAAUUUCCCUUAGCUUUCCUUCCCUUUCUUCUUGUGGACAUUGGUUAAAGCCAUGCAAACCUCAAAACUGUGCUUCUCUUCUUACCCUCCAGUCAUUCACUUUCUUUCUCUGCUUUCUUAAUCCCUCAUGUCUAUUUCCUGUUCAUCUCCCAGGCUACAGAACUAGCUUCCUUCACUCCAUUGGAUCUCCUCCCUGCAAAUGAUCACAUUUUCUUAAUUGGUUUCAAAACUUAAGCUUUUCCCUAAUGAAAAUGUCAGCGUUUAUAUUUUCUCGUUUUUCUCUGUGUAAGCUGUUUCCAAUUUGAUUGUUUAAGAACCUACAAAUGUGUAGUCUGUUUUAAUUUAUUUUAGAUGAUUUUAAAUCUAAUUUACCUAGGCAAUCAGGUUCUACUAUUCAUGACUAUUGAUAGUGACUAUUGAUAGAAAAAGUGGUCAAAUAAAACAUCCUCCUAAAAUUAAAUUAUACCUAUUUUGAAUGAAUUGUUUUCUGGCUUAAACAAACUAUUUACUAUGAAUAGUUGCUCACACAGUGUAAAACUUUAGACUGCAAAACUGCUUGAGUUUUUUUUUUUUUGGCUUUUGAAAUUAUUAGAGAUAAAAAUUUUAAACUUCCUUUAGUUCUGUUUAGGAAUGAACAUUCUCUAGUUCAUGAAAUCACCUUGGACCCCACACGAAAAGAGUAAAUCUGUCACUCUCUAGGGAAAGCAGAGUAGUGGUAGAAGGUUCUGAGGAUUAUUUUUCACUUUUCAAAAUUUCAAUUUUUAAAAGUCCCAGGAAGCUGCAGCCCCAAAGAGACCCACUAGGAUAUUUCAUCAUUUGUAAAAAAAUCAAACCAAACUUUAAAAAAUGUUUUCUUUAUUUAAAAACCACAUUUUUAUCAUAAUUUGGAAAUUCAAAGUAAAGUUUCAUUUCAGGUUGACAGAUUUAGGCUAAUUUGUUUGUAAUGGCAUAAAUUCUUUUUUUAAACCCUUACCUUCCAUCUUAGAAUCAAUACUGCCUAUUGGUUCCAAGGCAGAAGAAUAGUAAGGACUAGGCAAUGGGAGUUAAGUGACUUGCCUAGGGUCACAUAGCUAGGAAGUGGCUGAGACCAGAUUUGAACCUAGGACCUCCGGUCUCUAGGCCUGGCUCUCCAUCCACUAAGCCAUCCAGCUGCCCCCUAUAAUGUUAUAAAUUCUGCACAUGAGGAAAGGAUUUCUUUCCUCUUGUUUGUUUCUCUCUGCAUUCCCAACCUGACUGGAAAUAGGAACACAGAGAUGAGACUGUGUUUUUUGAAAGCUUUGGAAUUUCAGCAGAAGUGUUUCUAGUCUUUUUCUGCAGGGUUGCCAGUAAAACAAGGGUAAAGGUGGGGUUUUUCUUUCAUUAUAUAUUUUUUUAAUUAUUUUUAACCAUUUGACAAAAGUUGUAAACUUCAGGGUCUGUUCAGAUAAACCAGUAUCUUUUGAGAAGUGAUCCUUUAUUUGACCGUUUCAAUUUUGUAAAGUUUCGUGAUCAAAGAAACCAUAUCAUAGGCAGCCCUUUCAGUAGAAAUGAUAUAGGUUGGCCAUUUAGGUUGACAAAUAUCAAGACAUUUAGAUCAGCAUUUCUAGAGUUUUUCUCCAAUUAGAUCCCAUGUGACCACUGACCACUUAGAGGCGGACCAAGAUGAUAAAUACUGACCGCUGACCUCUCUGAGAUGGCCUGAGAUCUAUGUGAGAUUGAUGAAGUUGGCCAGGAAGAGUGGUCCAAAGACUCUACUCUGCCUCGCCAAGAGCCGGCCCUUCCCCAGGAAAGGAGCCCCGAGCAGGAAGAAGGAAUGGCCUUUGCCGUCCUGUCAGAGAGAGCCCAGGAAUCAGUAACCUUUAAGGAUGUGGCUGUGGACUUUACUCAAGAAGAAUGGCAACAAUUGGACCCAGCACAGAGAGACCUAUAUAGAGAUGUGAUGCUAGAGAAUUAUAAGAACUUCGUCUCCUUGGGGUUUCCAGUUUUUAAACCAGAUGUGAUAUCCCAGCUGGAGCGAGGGGAAGGACCAUGGACAUCAGAAACAGAAGUUCCACAAGUCAUUUGUCCAGACUCCAUUAUUGAUAAGAGAAGGUGUGAAAACUUGGAUUGGAUUCCAAAGCACAACAUUUCUCUGGGAGAGUCAUCAAAAGAAAUAAUCAGAAAGAAUGAUCUCUGGGCUUCCAGCUUUGGAGAAGCAUGGGAAUAUGUCAGACUAGAGAAACAGAGGGACAACUGGAAUAGACCAUCCAAGGAAGUAACAAUAUUUCAUAGAAAAACUGAUGAUGAGUUAAAUAUUAAUGAAUAUAAUACAUUUGGAAGGAGGUUUAGUCUGGCAUCAAUUAUUGUUCCAUCACAGAGAAUUCCAAUAGGAAAAGUUCUCCAUAAAUAUGAUAUACUUAAUAAGAACUUCAAACAGUUUUCAGAACUUAAUAAAAAUAAUAGAAUUCCCUAUUCUGUUUGUAAGUAUGGUAAAUGCAGGAAGCCCUUCACUUACCACUCGGACCUUAUUCAGUAUCAUAGAAUACAUACUGUAGAGAGACCAUAUGAAUGUAACGAAUGUGGAAAAUCCUUCACCAACAAUUCAAUCCUUAGAAACCAUCAGAGAAUUCACACGGGAGAGAAACCUUAUAAUUGUAAUGAAUGUGGUAAAGCCUUCAACCAGAGAGGUCACCUUACUGAACAUCAGAGAAUUCAUACUGGAGAGAAACCUUACAUCUGUAGUGAAUGUGGGAAAGCCUUCAGUAACAAUUCAAUACUUAGGAGUCAUCAGAGAAUUCAUACUGGAGAGAAACCCUACAAAUGUAACGAAUGUGGGAAAACAUUCAACCAGAGGGGCCACCUUAAUGAACAUCAGAGAAUUCAUACGGGAGAAAAACCUUUUGAAUGUGCUGAAUGUGGGAAAGCUUUCAGUCAUAGAGUAUAUCUUACUCUACAUCAGAGAAUUCAUACUGGAGAAAAACCAUAUAAAUGUAAUGAAUGUGGGAAGGCCUUCAGCCAGAGGGGUCAUCUUACUGAACAUCAGAGAAUUCAUACUGGAGAGAAGCCCUACAUCUGUAAUGAAUGUGGGAAAGCCUUCAGCAACAACUCAAUUCUUCGGAAUCAUCAAAGAAUUCAUUCUGGUGAGAGACCUUAUAAAUGUGAUGAAUGUGGAAAAACCUUUAACCAGACAAGACACCUUAUUCAGCAUCAGAGAAUUCAUACUGGUGAGAAACCUUUUGCAUGUACUGAGUGUGGAAAAGCUUUCAGUCAUAGGGUAUACCUUACCUUACAUCAGAGAACUCAUACUGGAGAGAAACCCUAUAAGUGUAAUGAAUGUGGAAAAACCUUUAGCCAGAGGGGACAUCAUACCGAGCACCAGAGAGUUCAUACUGGAGAGAAACCCUACAUCUGUAAUGAAUGUGGAAAAGCCUUCAGCAAUAAUUCAAUCCUUAAGAAUCAUCAGAGGAUUCAUACUGGAGAAAAACCCUAUAACUGUAAUCAUUGUGAGAAAGCAUUCAAACAGAAGAGGCACCUUACUGACCAUCAGAGAGUUCAUACUGGAGAAAAAUUUUUAAAACGUUUAGAAAGAGGGAAGCCUCUAAGCCAAAAGGCCAGACUUGCUCUGCAAAGAAUUCAUGCUGGUGAGAAACCCUUUGAAUUUAAUGAAUGUGGGAACAUUGUUAACCAGAAUUCAAACAUUACUCUCCAUCCAAUAAUUGAUACUGGGGAGAAACCUUUUGAACAUAAUGAAUCUGGGAAAGUAUUAUUCCAGAGGGGUCACCUUAUUGAACAUCAGAAGAGCCAUACUGCAGAGAAACUCUUUGAGUGUAAUGAGUGUGGUAAAAAUUUCAGCAAAAGUUUCCACUUGAUUGAACAUCAGAGAAUUCAUACAGGACAGAAAACCUUUCAGUGUAAUAUAUGUGGGAAAGAUUUCAGCCAGAAGGGUCAUCUUACUGAACACAAGAGAAUCCAUACUGGAGAGAAGCUCUUUGAAUGCAGUGUGUGUAGGAAGAGCUUUAGUCAUAGGACUUCCUUUAUCAAUCAUCAGAAGAUUCAUUCUGGAGAGAAACCCUAUGAAUGCAAUGAAUGUGGAAAAGCUUUCAGCAAUAACUCAAGUCUUUGGAAUCAUCAUAGAAUUCAUACUGGAGAGAAACCCUUUGAAUGCAACGAGUGUGGGAAAGCCUUCAGUCAGAGGGGACACCUUACUGAACAUCAAAAAAUUCAUACUGGGGAGAAACCCUUUGAGUGUAAUGAAUGUGGGAAACACUUCAGCCAUAAAACAUCUUUCAUUAAUCAUCACAGAAUUCAUACUGGAGAGAAACCCUAUGAAUGCAACGAAUGUGGAAAAACCUUCAGAAGUAAUUCAGUCCUCAGGGAUCAUGAAAGAAUACAUACUGGAGAAAAGCCCUUUGAGUGUAAUGAAUGUGGAAAAGCUUUCCGUCAGAGGGGACACCUUGCUGAACACAGAAGAAUCCAUACUGGAAAGAAACCCUUUGAAUGUAAGGAAUGUGGGAAAGCCUUUAGCACCAGCUCGACUCUGAGGAAACAUCUUUGUAAGCAUCUUUCUAAACUUUAAAGCAUUAGUCAUCAUUUAUUUGAAAAUUGAAAGAGAAAUACCUAUAAUUAGGCUGAUGAAGAGAUAAUGCUGGCAAGUGCUUCAGAAUUUAUCAGACAUUUUAUGCUGGACAUUAAGGAUGUAAUGAUUAAGGGAAAAUUUGUCAAAGACUUCUCAUUGCUAAGUGCUGGAGAGUCAACAUGACAGUUUGUCACUAGGUACAAAGUUGUUUGGUGCUUUGAGAGAUCGAUAUAACUUUGUUUUCUUUUGUGCAUCCAGUAUUACAUGUUAACUGUCAUCAGGGAGCAGUAACAUAGUGUUAGUCAAUACAGCAACUUUGCUGGUUCCAAACUAAGGCUUAAACUAUAAGAUUUCCAAAAGGAUCUCUUUAAGGUGAGCACUAAGGUGUUAUUUAGGGGGGAAAAAACUUUAAUUUGAAUACCUUUAGAAUAAAGGAUUGAAAGAAAAUGUAAAAAUUGUCUAAGAUAACUUUUUGCCUGAGAUAUGAAAAUGACAUUUGAAAUAUCUCAAUCUGGAAGUUUCUCUAAGAUUUAUAUUAAUUUACCUUGGAUGUAAAUGGGUCCAAUUUAUAGCUAUUUUGUAUUUUGGUCUUGGGUAGAAUUAUAGAAUGUUGGAAGGCUCAAAGGCCUUCCAAAAUAAUUCAAUCCUACUUAGCUACUUUGUGGAAGGGAAUAAUAUAGGUCAGGGAAAGGAGAAUAAAGACAAAAUUCCAUUUUGUAAAGUUUAGUUUCUUCUUGCAAGGGUACAUGAGAAAUUCUAGAACAAUUCAAACUGGGGGUGGGGGCAGCAAAGACCCCUUGGAGAGAGCUGACUUGGCAUAAUACGGAUGGGAAGGGCAAUGUCUUAAGAUUGUGUGACUGCCUUUCCAUGUGGUUGUGACUAGCCUUACUAGAUUGUGGCAUAAAAGGACUACCAAGUUUGAGUCUUCAUUGGUCCAUAGAGAUUUUAGGUUGUCAACACAUCAACCUAGAGAUAUCAAGGUAAUGGAAGAUACAAUUCCAGAUGUUGAAGCGAAGCCUUUACUAGCCCUUAGGUACCCUUCUUACUUCUCUAUAAGUUAAAAUUAAAUAUUAAUUAUAGUUGGGAAAAACACCUUAUUUUCCAAACCUCUCACUUUAGAGUUAUGAAAGCUUAGGUCUAGAAAGGGGAAAUGACUUGCCAAAGAUAAUACAAUUUGUAAGUGGCAGAAGUAAGGUUCAGACCCAAAUGUUAUGACUUCAAAUCUUGUGCUUUUUCCUACUGUACUCCCUGAAAAUUACUCCCUCUCUAAAGCCACCUUUCCUCUACGUUGUGUAGUCAACAGUGUGCUAGACUUGGAGCAAGAAAUACCUGAGCUCAACACUUCCUAGCUAUUUGAUCAUGGGCAUGUCAUUCAACCUUUCAAACCCUGUUUUUUGCUUAUCUUUAAAGUGGGAGAAUAUCUACACUCCCAGUUCCUGGGGUUGUGGGGCUUAAAUGAGGUUAUGUAUGUAAAAUGCUUCGCCAAAUAAGAUAUGUGAAUUAUUGUGAUAAAUCAUAAUCGUUUGCUCUACUUAUAUACACUCCAGAUACACAAAUAAACCUUUUGGUCUA